CGCUGAAACAUCUCGGACAUAACAACCUUGCAAGCUGUCUGUAUGGCUCGGCGACCGUCCACCGUAUCGGUCGCAUCCUUUGCUUCGAUCCAGAGUCUUGCAGAGUCGUCUCACUCAACUCCAGCAGCAACAUUUGUACCGUCUCCUUCAGUACUGAAGUUUCCUCGUUCAGUCUCGUUCACCCAUUCCUCGAGCCCGCAAUCGAUCAGGGUGCAAGAUGAGACUGUGAACAUUGACCCAGAUGAUCUGUUUGCGAAAUUUACUAUUCCCGAAGUGAGGGGGAAACAAGUUCAGCUAAGAUCCGAUGCCGAGGCCAAGCAAGAGGAGCUUCGUGUUAUGGUUGGGGAACGGUAUCGCGAUCUCCUACAAGCCUCAACGUCCAUAAUUUCCAUGUCCAAGUCCGCAAAACUUGUACAAGAGGCAUUCCAGGAGACUAAAGUUGCCAUUGUGUCUCAGCAACAGCCAUGCAGGGAAAAUCGUACAUCGAAUGUCGGCAAGGAAGACUCGCAUUUGCAAAUAUUACAAGCGCUCUCCGCCCACAUAAAGUUGCUUCUUGAUGCACCAGAGCAUCUCUGGCGACUUAUUGAACGAGAAAAGUAUUUCCAUGCCGCCUGGUUAUUCAUGCUGGCACGAGUUGUGCAUCGAGCACUUUCUCAUGAUGAUGACCAAGAUGAGGAGAGUUGGCAAAAUAAAGGCAUCAAUGUCAUGGAGCAGUUUCCGCUCAUCCAACGACAGUGGGAAACCAUAUCUCAUUUUCGCUCGCAAAUUGUCCAUAGAGCCACAUUAUCUCUGAGGGCGUAUGAGAAAUCACCCGAGGACACCUGCGCAAUUAUUCUGACUCUGCAUAUUCUUGAGUCGAGACCUUUGACGGACACUCUGACCACAUAUCUCUCCCAAAGGACGCGGUCCAUGCAUAUGCUGGUGUCCAAAAAUCCAAUUAUCGCGACACCUCCAAUCCCCCAUGGCAUCCCUACGACACAGAGAAAUGGACAUCCUGCAGGGGCUUCAAAGCCUAAAGGCAUGCCUCUGAAAGACAGACUUCAAGAGGUGAAGUCCUCCGUGCUAAUCGCUGUGGAGGUUAUAUCAAGGACCGUCAAUUGCGCUCGGGAUGUAUUCCAAAGUCAGAGACCCACGCAGCCAGCUCUGGCAGUUCGCGCGCUGGAACAGAUGCAUACUGAGUCGCCCAUCGUGUCUGAGCCAGAGACUUCCCUUUCUCCCGAUCUAGCUUUGAGCACCCAGACAAUUCUUUCUGGACUUCCGUCGUCAUCAUACUUCGUCCUCCUUCCAGCUGGUAUCAGGUCAUACAAACCGUAUGUUGAAUUAUCUUCCGCUUCGUCUUCCGUCCCAGGAUACUUUCUGGAGGAUAAACUACGAACUUGGUUUGACCAGUCUUGCUCUACACUUCGGGAUGCUUUGCAUCGCUGGCUACUGGAGUUAGACAGCGUGAAGAGUGUUUGGAAUGUUAGGUCCUCCUUGCGAAAAUGGCUGCUGAAAUCGGGAAUGGUGACAACGGAGCAGACGGCACUCGAUACUCUAUUCGAAGAAGCUGUCAGAAAACGAAUCACCGCUAUCUGGGCCGAUACCAUUUACCGGGCGAAGGAGCUGUUCUCGAAGGCAUUGGCUUCACUUCCUUCGAGUAGUGGAGUCGUUGUUGAAGAGUUUUCUCCUCUAAACAGCAUAUAUGUAUCCCACUCUGUUCCACCCUCACCCCUAGCAGGAAGUGGAUCUUCAGCGUAUGAACCCCCAUACCAAAAAUAUAGAGCGGCUGUACAAUCACAACUUCGUGGUCGGACACCUCGCCUGCAGACAUUUUUAAGUAUUCUGGAGGAGUCUGCGGCUUCAUUGCAAAAAGACUACGCCCGUAUUAGUUCGGAUGAGAGCGGCAAGGGGUUGGUUUGCAACCUGGUUGAGGCAUAUCUCCCGGAGGCGAAGGCUUUCUGUUCUAUGAUCACCGACGCUCUUGUUUCAACUGCUGAUGAGCUGAUGAACGAACCAGACACCACCAGGGCGAUGAAAAGCAUGAUCUUGCUUAGUCGAGUGGCGAUCGAAAUAUCAUUAGCAUCGCCCUUCCUUGAAAAUAUAGGAUGUGAUGAGGUUGUCGCACUGGAAUUUCGAGACAAAACCGGUUUAUUAUUUGACCGAAUUAUCAGCCGGUGGAAGGAGCACACUAUUUCUUCUGCUAUCUCAAUAUACGACGAUGAUGCAAGAUUCUUACAUCUACCACUUUCUGCAUCCCCUGUCACAGGGCCGUCACCAGCCCUGAUGGAAAGCUUAUAUACUUUAUCAACCUCCUUGCAUAGCUUGGGUCUCACGCACCAUCCAUCACAACUCAUCAGCAUAGUGCCAUCGCUCCUUGCCCUGUUUAUCGAUACAUUCACCCGCGCUAUGCCGAACGGUGAUACAGGUCGGAGCCUGCAAAUAUUAAAUGAUGCAACGUUCCUGCGAUGCCUUGCAUCAGCAUGGCCUCCUGAGGCACUCGAGACGUCAUCGCUUGACAAACUGAUCGCCGUCCUGCAGUCAACAGUGCGAUCUUCAAGGGACCCUCCACACCCCGUUCCAGAACAAGCUGCCAAGGAAUGUUUGAUGAGGACCCAAAUGUUACUUUCAGCGCUUGUCCCGCCUUCCUCUUCCAUGCAACUCGCCAAAGAAGGUUCAGAUAAGAUGAGUGCACUGCUGACGUAUGGUGUGCCUGUGGCAGAUACCACAUUUUUACCAGCCAUUGAGCUUGCCAAAGUCUCUACUCGGUUUCCUUUACUACUGGUGGAGACUCGAUAGGAGCUGGGUGGAUGCAUGUGGUGUUCGCGGCUAUUUCUACGAAGACGUACUUGUUUUUGAUUAACACAUUGAUAUUGUGCUCUCAGGAUGUCAUUCGGCGAUUGUCUGCAUUUGCUCGUGUUUGGAAACGCUCCUCAAGGUUCGACGCGUUCUGUGAAUUUCUUGCAC